CUCUAAGUGUGAUGAUUCCAUAAUUUUUGCCGGGGUAGUACUCACAUGGUAAUGUAUUUAGGUCCAGGAGGCAUCCAAUGUGGGUGUGAUUGCUUUAAACAUUUACAUAUCAUUACUAUAGUGUUUGAUCAGUGAUGUAACCACACCAUUCAUUUUUAUGUAUGACAUUGAGACAGUAUAGGUAAACUUCACCUUUGACUCCAUUCUGUAAUGAAGCCUGUGACCUCCUGACCUUUACACUUCAUUGGACACAUGUGCUAUUGUUUUUCUGGAUGUGCCAUUUUUAGGAGCUUGUCUUGCCUAAUUAAAGUGGGGGUACAGCAAAUAAAUUCAGUCCAUUGCAUAAUUACAGUGUGUUUUGUUCAUAAUGAGCAGAGUGAGUAAUCCUUUCAGAUGGGUGCAGUGAAUUAUCACAGAAGGAACCUUCCAGAUGCAGGGAAUGUGUGAGAGCUACCACUUUCUUUCCUUACUAGCUGGGUAAGGAGGAAGAUUAAUAGAGGCUAUGUGUGAGUGGUGCAUGAGUGAAGGUUGUUUGGCAGAUCUCGGAGACGCUGGUGUAUUGGCCCACUCUCCUCUUCAAUUGUGAUCAAAGGAGCUAAAUGGUGUCACUCUGUCUUGCCAUGCUUGGGGCAGUGCUUGUCACAGUAUAGACCAUGGCCCUGAGGGUUUCUCCUUUGUUCCUCUCUAAUCAGCAAAACAAAGCUUCUGGGGGGGGGGGGGUUGGCUAUUAAUAUACAGUUAUACAGCUCUCCAGAAAAAAACGUGCCAAACACACACAGUUCUUAGGUGAUUAACAUUAAAGAAGAAAAAGAGCACAGCGAGCAUAUUCGCUAUAUUUUUCCACAAACACUUAUCCUUCCUAGUGCCACCAGAUAAUCUGUAAAUAUGUUUUUAUUCUUUAUAUCUAUAUUUUCAAAUGUCAGGUUGUAACACAGAGAAGUUAUUCCAUGAUUCACUGGAAUUUCCUUGGAAUUCUGCUCUUAUGUAACUGGUUCAUUUGAAUUUGCUCACAUUUGAAAUUCACAUUGCACUCCUUAUAUGACAUAAAUAAAUCUGUGUGCAAAUAGGCACUGUGUCACUAAUUUUAGAUUCUAGCAGUAGAUGAAAGGUCACUGAUCAAGCCUAACCAAUGAAUAACAAAAUAUUUAAAGAAGAGAAAUGUAGAGAAAUGAUGAUGUGCAGCAUUAUUGAAUUAGGCCUACAGAAUUAAACUUAUUAUUAGAAUAGUAGACUACUAUUACUAGCCUAUUAUUUUUCAGUCAUAUAAUUACAUAAAUAUUUUAUAGAAUCAUAGUUAAAAUCAUAGCUUCAUAGCUACGACACGUUUUUUUUUUUUUUUUAAUUUAGCCCAAUAAAACAGCAGGGUCAGUGGGCAAAUUUAAUAUUUACAUAAGUAAAUGCACCGGGAAACAAAUAACAUGAGCAAAAAUAAAUAAAUAAAUCACUGUGAGCUAAAAAGCGAAUCAUGUGAUCUGGGGGGCGUGGUUUCAGAGUACCUGUGUCAGGUGAUAUUUCGACUUACCUGUAACUCCAGUGAGUUUGCUUCCUUACCUGUGCUUAUAAGGUGUGGUUUGAGAGUUCCGGUUUAAUUAAAGUUGCGCGUUUAUAUACGUUGUCUUGUCCGAGUCUAAGAAGACUAAGAGCUGUAACAUCUAAUUUAGCUUUGAGGAUAGAAUUUAUGUUCGUUAUCAAGUCGUACGGAAAUUAAAUAGCUUCUGCAGGAAGUCGGGAGCAUCUACAAUUUAAGCUCAUGCAGACUCAAGAGGAUGGAGCCAUUUACCUGCUUUUGCCUAAAUCCAUCAAAUGUGUUUCAACCAGUCUCUAGGAAGCAGUGAGAGAAUGCCCUUGCUUCAGGGUAUGACGGUGCUACGUCACAGACAGACACUCUGCACAGAGAAACGUGCUGUCUGUCCUUGAGUGAAUCCUUAGCCAUCAGGUGAUUCUGGGUGAUGCCAAUGAAAACUGUGCUCAAAGCCACUCAGAUUUUGCUCACAGAAAUUGAUAAAGGGAACAAUGAGAAGCACAAGCACAUUGGCAGCAUGAGUACUCAAAAGGCUUUAGGUCAGUAUACUGAAGCAUUUGACUUGGUGAAAGACCACCCAGAGCAUGACGAGCUACAGAACUGGUUGUCACUAGCAGACUUGCGCCAAGAUGACACAUUCUCCCUUGAAGGCUGUGUGCAAUUGGAGAGGAGGUGGAUACUCUGGCACAAGUUUAUGAAAGAAUACUCUUGUUUGGAUGAUUGGUUGCGAUUGGCAGAGAAAUCAGCUGCGUCCCCAAAUUCCAGCCAUGUGCUAUACGCCACAGCAAAAGAGGAACUGCAGAAGUUUGAGAGUCUGCGCACUGAGGCUAGGCUGCGCUUGGCCCAGUGUGACAGCCUGAGCCAGACAAGCCACAUCCUGUUGGGGCUGUUCAGGGGCUCUAUGAAAACCAGGCUAAAAGAUAUGACCAAAGAGUGCGGGCAGCGUUGGGACCAGCUCAGCAUCACUUUAGACACUGUGUGCCGUCGGUUGAAGCAUUUUGUUGUCCUGCGGGAGGACUUUGAGAGGCAGCAAGAGGAAAUGGCCAUCUGGCUGGCUAACAUGGAUCUGAAGCUGACUGAGGUGGAGCAUUUUUCUGAAAUGAACAUCUGUGCCAAAAUGCGACAACUUCAGGGUUUCCAGGAGGCAGUGGCUGAAAGUGCAGGUCGGCUAAAUGCACUGCUCCAGCAAGGGGAAGAGCUGAUCCAGAGAAGUGAGCCAGCUGAUGCCCAGGUCAUCGAGAGCCAACUACAGGAGCUGCUCCUGUACUGUGCUCGUGUCUUUCAGGGCCUAGGUCGUCUUCACACACGCCUUCUUAGCAUGAGACUGGUGUUUGAGGAGGACUGGGUUCUGUGUCCAGAUUCUGGGUGUCCCUCUGAGACAUUGCUGGAGGAGGCAAAUGUUCAAGACCACAGCCUUGCACCACCAGUCCAGGGUAACCCCUCUCAGGUUUUCCCAGAGCAGCUUGUCCUGGAGUGGGACCCCUCAGUAGACAUUGGAGGCUCCAUUUCCCAUGAUGAUGAUACAGACUCUUCCUACCUCAGUGCUGGUGCAGGGAUUUACAGCACAGAGGAGCUCCUUACCAACUAUCCUUGGAGGAGGAGAGCUUACCUGAGAUCUGCAGAGUCUUGUCCAGCUGCUACUGCGAAAUCUAUACAACAGACGGUUACUGAAUGUAGCUUAAAUGGUAUGGCUCCACCCCAGACCCCUGUGCCAGCAGACACUGAUAGGCCACUAUAUGCUUCAUUGUGGAAGACUUCCACCCCAGACUCACACUCUUCUCAGCCCAUCAACUUUAAAUCUGACCGUGUCAGUGCCUGGCUGGUCCAGACACCCCGGCUGUGCUCUAGAGCUGUCCAGACAGAGCAUGCUCCACAGCAGUGUUCAAGCUUUUAUUCAUCACCAUCCACACAGGAGCACAAGGAGGAGGUGGUGAGGGAAGCUGACUAUCUAGAAAGUGUGCUUCACAAGAGUCACUCCUGUUCACCCCACACUAAUAACAUGUGUUCCUCCAAGUCAUGUGACCUUCAGUCUCACUCUGCCAAAUAUUACCCAAACCCACAGUGUAUGAAGGAGAGACUGAACUCCAGUGAUUCAAUGAAGGACAGCAGCUGCACUAAGACACGUUGUGCCAACAGUGAACAGCACAUCUGGAGACCAAGUCUCCUGAAGCUGUUGGAGGUCCUGAAGUUCCUAGCUCUGCUCUGCAUUCUGCUAGCUUUAUUUGUGGUUCUGGUUUUCUGGCCCCGCUCAGUGCUCCAGGACAACCAUUGCUACCACUCCAACUCCCUGGCACAUUCCUUCCACCUAGCCUUGUGCUAUGUCAAUGGACCACCUCCAACCUGAGGACCGUAGAGACACGCGGGGUACCCUAAACCCUGUUGUAUUUGAGAGAUAUUAAAGCCAAGCACCAUGGACUACAGGCUCUGAAAAAAAUAACUGAAAGAAUUGCACAGAGUUGAGGUGAAAGACUUUACACAUUAGACCAGGUUUUAUUAGCCACUUUGGACACAAGAAACAAAUUUUUGACUUGGAGCCAAUUUUGAUGUCUAUCCCUGGCAAUAGCCUAGCCUUAAUUAUUAAUGAUGCAGGUUUGGUUCAGUACAGGACUGAAUCAUUGAAAUUAUAAACAUUUCAGUGUCUUGAAAUGCUAGAAUUUAUUUAAUAAUAUUUUUAAAAGCAAAAUAAAUAAAUGAAGUAUGUUAAACUGUAAUUUGUGAUGUGAACUGAGAUCACUGUCUCCAGAAUGGGUGUAAUCUGCAGGGAGGUUUUUGGUUUUCUGACAUAAGGAGCCAAAGCACCAGUGUCCACAUUGACUUGUCUCAUGUCUACCCAUAAGUCCAUAAACUGUAACAAUCCUAGGCUUGAUUUCAGCUGUCUAUGCAUUUAAAGAAUAUAUUACAUAUAAUCCCAUAUGGCAUUCUGUUCUUGUCUAUAGAAAUGUAUUUCACUAUUUAGAUCCAUAAUCAGAACAGAAACUGGGUGACAGUUUCCACUUCAAACUCAUGGACCGGACUUCCUCUAGUAGAUCUGACAUUUGAAAAAUUGAAGCACUUGGGUGAAGCACUAUGGCUGUGUGAUAUACUAUGUACAAAUUCAAAAAACGUUAUGACAAGUAAUGGUUUAUGCCUCCUGCCAUGCCCAAUGUAGCCUUCACUGUGAAACAUUUGAGAGGCCUAAUAUAAUGUUUAAACUGCAGACUCAAAUCAGAUUUGGUUUCACCUGUCUCUUUUUUUUUUAUCCUGAUUCAAGUGAAUUUGUGUGUCUUAGAUAAACUCUCAGCCUGGGAGCUUUUGCUGAAAAUGAUUAACUUGAUCCAAAUUAGAACUGAAAAGGAAAAAUGAACAAUUAUCACAUUGGACUACCUGUCUAAAGAAAACCUUAGCACCUAACA